UUUCCUAAAGCUGAAGCUCAUCUGUGCGGCUCUGCAAAAACCCGCACAAACCCGCGGAAAACCCGAAAAACCCGGAGAAAACCCCGCUCCCCCGGACCCUGCCCCGCCCCCGGGACUCACGCAGAGGGACGCGGCACCGCACCGACCGACGCGCGCGGGAUUCACGCCCGUUUCACGCACUUUUCACGGGUUUUCCCCCGGACGGGCGCUCGGGGCUUGUCGGUAAACUUCGGGCGGCUUCGGAAGGACACUUGUUGAGAGUCAAACGGGGCACUUUUUAUUUUACAGCUUUAGUUUUACACUCAGAGGUUUUAUUUUCCGUAUUUUUUAUUAUUCUGUCUCCUGUGGUUUGCAACAGAAUUAAGUAUUAAUUUGCAAAUAUCUUAUAAAAGUGGAAGGUUAAGUGUCGGAGUUGAAGCUGCGCUGGUUUGGUCACAACAUUCAGACAAAUCGAGUGUUUUCAGUGACAUUUUUGUGUGUUUUUAUAGUUAAACGUGAGUCCGGAAUGUGUUUGUUUGUGUAGAAUCAGAAAAAAAAACACACUUUAUAGAGAAACCCCAGACUCCGAACCGCAGCUAGCACUUAGCACUUAGCCUUUAGCUUUUAGCCUUUAGCAUAAACAGCGUUGACAGCUCAACUUUUGAGACAUAAACAAACGGUUAAAAAUGAAAUUAAACCUCCACAGAGCUGUAAUAUUAGUAAUGACACAAAUAUAACGCCAUUGUUAUUUAGGGUGAUGUUAAACGAGCGUAAAGAAACUCGAUGUUUGUGUAAAUGUUUCACGUUUGAAGUUUUUAAAGAUUCCCUUUAACUUAGCCUCGUUAGCUCGGGCUUGCUAACUGUUUCUGAACACAUUUCCUGAUUUUAAAGUUUUGACGCGUCCAGACUCUGAGGGACAUGGGGACAUGAGGACACACUUUUAUUCACACUUUUAUUGACAGUUUUCGGGGGUAAAUGCUCGAGGACCGGUCCCGGAGGAACAGUUGAAGCCCGUUAGCCGCGUUAGCCUCGUUAGCCGCGUUAGCUCCGGAGCUGUCGCCGGGGCACCGAGGCUCUGUGUGUCCGCCUCUGAUGGGCUCCGGGGCGGACUCGGACCUGUGAACCUCCAGGCCCCCCACACUUCAACCCUCCCGCGGCUGAAGAGCGACCCCCGGACCCAGCGCCAUGUCGGGCCCGGGCUCCGGAGGCUCCAACCCGCGGAAGUUCAGCGAGAAGAUCGCGCUGCACAACCAGAAGCAGGCGGAGGAAACCCGGGCCUUCGAGCAGCUCAUGACCGACCUGACGGUGUCCCGGGUGCAGUUUCAGAAAGUGCAGCAGCUACGUCUGUCUCAGUCCAGAGGCCAGUACUAUGGAGGCUCCCUGCCCAACGUCAACCAGAUCUGCAACACGGCCGCAGAAAACCAGGCAGCUUUCCCUCAGGCUCUGGACCCUCGGGGGACACGACAUCACGGUUUGGUGGAGCGCGUGCACAGACCCCGGAUCAGCUCUCCGCACACUCACCGCCGCAGCAUGGACAAGCACAGACACUGUGACAACUCGUCUCCGUACGGUCAAGUGUACCUGUCCCCGCCCCCCGACCACACCUGGAGAAGGGACCCCAGCUCUCCCUGGAUGGACGACAAAAGACCUGGAUUUAGAUUAAUGUCUCAGCUCAACAGGACGAACUCUGACUCUGCGCUCCACACCAGCGUCAUGAACCCCCCGGACGCUUUUGGACCCAACCAGAACCAGAACCGGACCCAGAGCCGGGUCCCUCAGAGGAACACGAGUUUGAACGAGGCGGAGGACGGCGCCGCAGACGUGUUCUCGUUCCCGCCGCUCUCUGAGGACGCCAUGAUGGGGACGCGGCUGCUGCCCAAACAGCUGUGGGACACUCAGCAGGUGCAGUCGUUGAGACCCAAGUCCUGUGAAGUGCCUGGGAUCAAUAUUUUUCCGUCUACGGAUCCGAACGUGAGCGUCCCUCAGUACCAGCCCUGUCAGAACUCCUCUCUGGGGUCUGGAGUCGCGUCUGGUCUGAACACUGGAGGCUCUCUCCCAGACCUGACGAACCUGCAGUUUCCUCCUCCGCUCUCCACUCCCAUCGACUCAGACGAGAACUACACCAACCACCUGCCCCACGCCAUGAUGCAGAUGGGUUUGUCGUCGUCCCUCAGUAACCCCUCCCUCUGCUCAUCUCCACGGCGACGCCCCGCCCCCAUCAGCCCCUUGACGCUGUCGCCGGAGCAACAGAGAGGAGUCCCGCCCCUCUCCCAGGGUGUUCCUCUGGACCCGUCCCUCCCCCGAGAGCCCCCUCCCCCCUACCCCCAUUACCCACAAUCCCACAGUGCACCUGGACAGCAGCAGUCUCCACUGAACAGCCCUCUCCAGCAGGGGGCGACACUGCCGAGCCCCUCUGCCCAGAGCCCCCAGAACCUCCAGAACCUGCAGAACCUGCAGAAACCCCAGAACCUCCAGAACCUCCAGACCCGGCACCACCAGAACCAGAGCCAGACCCAGGGUCAGGGUCGAUCUCCCCUGGACUACGGCCCUGCUCAGGUGCGCUGCUCUCACAGGUCACAGAACAUGUCUCUGUUCGGUUCUGACCCGUUCGUGGAGCCACAGUUUGGACCCAGUAAAAGUUUUCAGGAGAGCUUUGGUUUUCUCGAUGGUGGUGGUGGAAACUGUUCGUUCGAUCCUUCGUCGUCGUCGUCUCUCUUCUAUAACUCCGCCCCCCAGCACGGUCUCCAAGGAAACGCCUCCUCUAUGCAGAUGAGCCAGGGUCCCUCCUCCAGACCCCCCAUGCUGUUCCCCCAGGCGGCCCUGCCAAACAUCAUCCUGACAGGUAUGCCCCUGCCAAACAUCAUCCUGACAGGUAUGCCCCUGCCAAACAUCAUCCUGACAGGUAUGCCCCUGCCAAACAUCAUCCUGACAGGUAUGCCCCUGCCAAACAUCAUCCUGACAGGUAUGCCCCUGCCAAACAUCAUCCUGACAGGUAUGCCCCUGCCAAACAUCAUCCUGACAGACGACUCGGUGGGAUUCUCUCUGGAGGACGAGCUCAGGAUCGAGCCUCUGACUCUGGAUGGACUGAGCAUGCUCAGUGACCCCGAGCUGGUGCUGCCCGACCCCACCGUGGAGGAGUCCUUCCGCAGCGACCGUCUCUGAACUGCGACUGCAGAAGAAGAACAGAGACUACACACUGUGGACUACAACCACAGAAGAAGAACAGAGACUACACACUGUGGACUACAACCACAGAAGAAGAACAGAGACUACACACUGUGGACUACAACCACAGAAGAAGAACAGAGACUACACACUGUGGACUACAACCACAGAAGAAGAACAGACAGACUCAGGCCGUAUAAUUUUCCUUGUGGAUCAAUAAAGUGUAAGAACUACAACAGGAGAAGAAGAGGAGCCUCUGGACUACAGCCACAGUCCACAGGUGCGUCCACACAGGUGGCACACCUGUGUGGACGCACCUGUGUGGACGCACCUGUGUGGACGCACCUGUGUGGACGCACCUGUGUGGACGCACCUGUGGACACUAGGGAUGGGCAUGAUUAGUCGAUUAAUUGAUAAUUGAUCAUUAAGAAUUUCAUCGAUUACGUUCAUUUUAAUCGACAAACCGAAUGUAGGCUGCUGUGUGUCGUGAUUAAACAUGUGUCUCUGCAUCAGAAGGAGCGAGACACAAACAGUCGGUCCACCUGCAACGUACCAAAGCACAAAUACGUAUUUAACGAUGAUUUGUAGAAGAAAUUCCACACUUUCCGUUGCGUUGGGACAAGUGUGAGUCCAUGUGCACAGUGGAUAAAGCAGCACAUAUGUUUCUGUGUCCAGUGGGAAAAAGUUUUUCCAGGUGAGAGUCGCUCAAUGUGGAUGACGAGGCCCCGCCCCCCUCCCCCCGUACGCUGUCCUGGUUUUGACAAACACAAAUCUGGUCACACUGACCUGUAUUCACCUGAGUCAUGUCUUUUAAUCCAACACAAGUUGAACCACAUCAGCGACACAAGAGCUGGAGUUUUAUCUUCACUUAGUUUAUGUAAAUUAGUGAUGUGGUUUUAAGUUUUGUUUCUGUGAGAUUUGAACAAAACUGAAUUAAACACAUUAUAAUGUCAAACAGCUGAUGUGGAUCUAGAGUCGUUAUGUUUAUAUGUCGUAAAGUUGAAUUUAUUGAUGCAGAUUAGUGCAGAUAGAAAUAAUAAUGAUGAUCAUUUUAAUAUAAAAACGUUCAUGAUUAAUCGAUAAUCGAUCGUUAAUUCUUCCGACGAUCGAUUAAGAAAAUUUCAUCGAAUGCCCAGCCCUAGUGGACGCACCUGUGUGGACGCACCUGUGUGGACGCACCUGUGUGGACGCAGCAGGAGCAGAGACUCGGAGGUUUCCUGUUCCUGUUCGUCGUCUCGUUUGAAGUCGUUUGUGGAUUUGUUUUGUCGGCGAGUUCGGAUUCGACCUGUUUUUACCGUUUCUGCUUUUGGUCCAAAUAUUUACUGAAAAGAACUUGUUUUUGUAUGAAUCUAAAAUCCUGUGUAAAGUUUCUGAUAUUUUCUGAUUUGUAAAAAGUGGAAUUAUUUUGUGUGAAAGCGUUUGUGAAAAAAAGGGCAAAGACUUUCAGACGCUUCACUUUUAAAACAUUUUUACAUUUGUGAAAAAAGGGCUCAAGUCUGUUUGCACUAAUUUAGACUUUAGUCACCAAAUCUAAACCAGGACUAAACCAGCACUAAACCAGGACUAAACCAGCACUGAACCAGGACUAAACCAGGUCUAAACCAGCACUGAACCAGGACUAAACCAGGACUAAACCAGGACUGAACCAGGACUAACCCGGCACUCUUGUUUGUAGAUUUGACCCGUCAUGAACAAAUGAUCUGACCACAGUAACACGUUUUAUUUUUAUAACUAAUAUAUUUAAAAUAAUGAAUAACCUUCUGUUUCCUGUUGGACUACAUUUCCCAUGAUGCACCUGUACAGGCUCCUGCUCUCUGUAUGUGGAGCCCCACUUUUAUAAUAAACUUUAUUCUUCUGA